GCAAGAAACGCUGGCAUUUAUUCGUGAGAACUUAGAGAAGAGUGACUAGCUAACAAAAGGAAUGGUGUCCAUUCUGUCAUCGUUUGAGAGCCGACUGAUGCAGCUGGAGAACUCUAUUAUCCCGGUGCACAAGCAGACAGAGAACCUUCAGCGACUGCAGUAGAAUGUGGACAAGACCCUCUCCUGCAUGGAUCACGUAAUCAGCUACUACCAUGUUGCCAAGGAUACUGACAAGAUCAUCAGAGAGGGACCCACAGGGCGACUGGAUGAGUACCUGGCCUGUAUCGCAAAGAUCCAGAAAGCUGUGGAGUAUUUCCAGGACAACAAUCCUGACAGCCCAGAACUCAACUUAGUGAAAGCCAGAUUUGAAAAGGGAAAGGAGAGUCUGGAGACUGAGUUCCGUGGCCUGCUGACCCGCUACAGCAAACCUGUGCCCCCCAUCCUCAUCCUGGAUGCCAUUGGUGUGGACGACGAGCUGGAGGUCCAGGAGGAAGUGACCCUGGAGCACCUGCCUGAGGCCGUGUUGCAGGACAUCAUCAUCAUCUCCGGAUGGCUGGUAGAGUACGGACGCACCCAGGACUUCAUGAACGUGUACUUCCAGAUCCGCCAGCUGGACCGCUCCAUUAAGGGGCUGAAGGAGCAUUUCUGCAAGAGCAGUGCCUCCUCCGGCAUCCUCUACUCACCGGCAGUUCAGACCAAACGCAAAGACACCCCCACCAAGAAGGCCCCCAAAAGACCAGUCUACAUCCCAGGUCACGAUUAUGACCUGCGGGCCAAACACCUGAAUGAUGCCCUGAAUGAGAAGCACGGGGCGAGUACAGGGAAGGACGACGUGCUGGAUAUCGAGAUCGACUCCUACAUCCACUGCAUCAGUGCCUUCAUCAAGCUGGCCCAGAGCGAGUACGUUCUGCUCGCGGAGAUCAUCCCAGAACACCACCAGAAGAAGACCUUCGACUCACUCAUUCAGGAGGCCCUGGAUAACCUGAUGUUAGAGGGGGAUAACAUUGUGUCGGCCGCACGCCGGGCCAUCGUGCACCUUAAGCAGACCAAGCCUGACUUUGACACUACCCUACAGGGCACAGCUGCCAGCACUAAGAACAAGCUCCCUACCCUCAUCACCUCCAUGGAGACCAUCGGAGCCAAAGCCCUGGAGGAGUUUGCAGACAGCAUCAAGAAUGACCCUGAUAAGGAGUACAACAUGCCGAAGGAUGGAACAGUCCAUGAGUUGACCAGUAAUGUGAGCGUGCUUGAACAGUUUAAUUCUCAUUGUCUUGUAUUGGUGAAUGUGAUCACAUGAAUGUCAGCAUAGAGAUGAAGAGGUUUAGUCAGACAGAAUUCCCAACGAGUUACUGAGUGUGUGGUGUUAAGAAUUCGGAUUCCGAUUGCAUGACAUUGUGCGUAAACAGCAAGCAUGCUCUGAUGUGUAAAGAGCUAGAUUUAGCCCAAAUGGAAACAUCUUGGCCCAUAAUGUCUUCCCAUCUCACAUCUGUGGCCAAGGUCACCGCCCUUUCCCUGCACUGAUAAAUACCUAAGGCAUCUCUCUCUUGUUUAGUGCCUUUACUUGUAUUGGCGAACAUUCGUCUUACCGCAUAGCUUUCCUCUGUUGAUUGCUCUCUCUUUCUCUUUCAUUCUCACUCUUGCUUUCUUAAACUAACAUUCUCUCCCCUUUUCUCCCUAUUCCUCCCUAGUAUCAGAUGAGAAAAGCUUAAGAAGUUAAUUAUCGGCAUCAACAGAUGUAAACAUUUCUGCCGAUGUUCCUGGCCGAUAAGGUCUCAGGGAAGCAUUAUACAAACCUGUUCAAAUAGGAUGAGAUUGACAUUUUUAUUGAAAAUCUAAUUAGAAAUCUAGUCCGAGGUGUGUUUUAGGGUAGAAUCAAAGUAGAAGUUGUGAGUCUGUUCUACAACAAGUAGGCCAUCACAGAGAGUAAUAGCUCAACUCUAGUAAAGGAGAGACUUGUGUUCUCUUCAAUGAAAUAAAAAAAAGAUGAGUAUAUAUCAGUAUCAUCAUCAGCUAUCAGCCAAAAAGAGUUGAUGAAAUUAUAAAAAUGAUCAGCAAAAAUUCAAUUCCGUGGGGGAGCUGUGGCGCAAGUAGCAGCCCCGACCAUAAACCGACUUGAACGCCCACGGGAACCCGGGUUCGAAUCCGAGCCGCGGCCAUUUACCGAUCCCGCUCCCCACCUCUUCUCUCCAGCUCAUUUCCUGUCAAAAACCUUCCCUAUCCUAUCUGAUUAAAAGCAAAAAGCCCAAAAAUAAAUCUUUAAAAAAAAAAAAA